AUGUUAAUGAGUACUCCGGAAAAGCCCCAAAUCUCCGAGAAAGAGUUGAAGAAAAUGUGGGACGAAUUCUACAUUGAAGCUCUUCGGAUACCGAACAUGUCUCAUCCAGAAGCUCCACGAGGUGGCAUGGAAAACGCUAAGGUGCUGGCAACAUGGGGCGAAAAACGCGAAGGCCCUUGCGUAAUGGCUGAGAAGCUGAUCCAGUCAUGGCGAACGUUAUAUUUCCCAACCGAUGCCUCUGGAGAAAGAAGUUACGCGUUUGUAGGUGCGCUAGCAAAUUUGGAAAGAGUGUUGCUCGAAUACGUAUUCGACCGCGUAUGCGCGCUGGGCUUCAAGCCGGUUUCUGUACCGGAUCUUGUGACAAAAGAAAUCACUGAAGCAUGUGGCGUGACUCAGCGUUCGCAAAAGGAUAUACAGUAUUCUCUACAAAAUGAGGAAAACGUCUCCCUCUCUGGUACAGCUGAAAUGGGUAUCUCUGCAUUAUUGAAGAAUCGUACAUUCGAAGAAGAGCAACUUCCGUUCCGAUUAGUAGCAGUGACUAGAUGCUAUCGUCCAGAAGUCAGCAACUCAGCCGCCGAGGCAAAGCUCUAUCGAGUUCACGAGUUUACCAAGGUUGAAAUGUACGUAGUGUGCACUCCGGAGCAGAGUGAAGGAGAACUGGAUUAUCUUGUGGAUAUUCAGAAAGGCACAUUCGAUUCUCUAGGCUUACACUGCAGACAAGUGGAUAUGCCAAGCGAAGAGCUGGGAGCACCAGCUGCACGAAAAGUGGACAUAGAAGCGUGGAUGCCUGGACGACAGCUCUUUGGAGAGGUGUCGUCUGCCAGUAACUGUACAGACUAUCAAUCAAGAAGGCUGGGCAUUCGGUAUAUUAAUAAGGCCGGUGAGAAGAAAUUCGUUCACACCUGCAAUGGUACAGCAGUAGCAUCGACAAGGACUCUUAUCAGUAUAUUGGAGACUUUCCAAACGGAAAAAAGAAGCAUAGACCUGCUUCCAGAUGUGCUCAGGAAACGAUUGAAAACAGUGCGACCACCUCCAUUGAAGUUCCAGCUAGCAAAGCCUUUAGCAUAG